AUGCCCCAGAAAGCUGCAGAGGAUGCAGGCACCCUUGUGCUGCACGAGGUUUCGCACUUUGCUGCGCGAGUUGGAGCAGAGGCGAACGCUGCAGUAUCGAUGCCACAGGCUCCCUUCUCCUUGCUGGAUGACUUGGCACGGAUGGUUGCAGAGGUCCGUGCUGGCAACUGUCAUUUGUGGGAGACAGACGAGUCGCAGCAGGAUGCAGGCCUGGCCGGUUGUGACUGUGGAGAGAAGUGUCGCACUGAGAUCGCAGCAUGGCUUGUGAGCUCGGCAACUGUUCUGCUGAGCAGAUGUCUGCUGCGGUGGCACCGUUCACGCAAGGUCGACAAGCCCACUCAGGAGGAAACUGCGCCUUUGGCAAGAGAGGGCCAGACGGGGCCAAGUCUGUCGCCCCAGGUGCUUGGGGCUACAUCGCCGGAAGCGUAG